AUGUGUCAAAGACACCGACCAUCAUUCUUGCACAAGCGUACAGCCUGCCGCUUGACGGCAUUAGAUGAUGUACUGCUGAUGCAGAUCCUGCGUUUUUCUACUGCUCGUGAUGUAGAGGCUAUGACGGUAGCUGCUCGUGUUAUCUCAUACCAUGUGCUGCCGCACUUGCCAGAGAUCUGGCGUACACUCUUCAUACAGCGUUGGACGACACUAAAUUUCCCACUGGACACUGAUGCGACGCUGGUCAUUGAGCCACGACUACGCCGUCUCUUUUCCGAAGAAACGACCGAGAGCCGCAUGUUGCAGUUGCUUACCCACGCUGUCGUCCCCGUCCCGUCCUACGUGGAUAUAGAGCAGAUUACGAAAUCGGCCGAAUAUAGUGAGGCAAAACACCAGAUUCGAUCCAUGCAGAGAGCAGAUACAAGAGUGUCACAUGUCGUAAGCUUUGCGUUUAAUGGGGACGAGCUGGGCGAUGAUCGAAGUGUCCGUGCCAAUGUGCCAUUCCCGACAGGAUUUCACGUGACAGUGUUCAAGCGUCGAGAAGCUGGCAGCGUGAAUAAGUCACUCUAUCAGAUUGGGCUCGUGGCAAGUGGAUACUUUGAGAUUCACAUUGUGCAUCGAGAAAGACCGAGUCGAGCUGCAGAAACUGAAGGAGAAGGUCACCAGGAGGAAGUGGAAGUGACGUCAUUGGGACUCGUUCCGGGCAGUUUUCCAUCGGUUGGACGACAGCCAGGUUGGAACCAAAAGUCUUUUGGCUAUCAUGGAGACGACGGCCGUUUCUAUCAUCAGACGACAAGGGGCCGACUUUUUGGACCGCGUUUUGGUGUGAAUGACACGGUAGGCUGUGGAGUGCGGCGGAAUAUGACCACAGCACAGUCGCACGUCUUCUUCACACACAAUGGAAAAGAACUUGCUCGAGCCCAGGGCAGCGAUGUAGAGAGCUCGCACAUAAGCUGGUAUCCGGCUGUUGGAGUAGAUUCAUACAAUGAAGUGCGCGUAAACUUUGGAAACGAGCUGUUUGCCCAUGAUGGCAUUGUUGAUGAGCUUUUUGCUGAGUGUGACCCAAGCGUGGUCACUCCAAUGGAUUUACCCUGGUACGACAUACAAGAAUAUAGCAUCGAGUGUUUGGUAUGGGGUCGCCAGCAAACUGGUGAAGCACGAGCUCAAGCUGAUACUGACGAACGGAAUGACCCAAUUGCUGAAGAAGGAGAGCUGGUACAGGAAGAGAAGACCUGUGCGAAGAAGUGGAUAGUUGGAAUGCUCUCACGGCGACAGCAAAACCGACUUGCAUCGAGCGAAGAAAAUGCGAAUGAAGAGCGAGUUGCUGUAGGACAGCUAUCAGAACUAAGGUAA